UGUGGGGCGGGGCCUAAGGCGUCAGCGGGUGCGUCCAUGCGCAUGCGCGGACGGCGGGGGCAGCGGAGCGCGAGGGAGGACGGCGGGCCUCGUGCGCGGCCGGGGACAUGGCGAAGAGUCUGAGGAGCAAAUGGAAGAGGAAGAUGCGGGCGGAGAAGAGGAAGAAGAACGCGCCCAAGGAGCUGGAGAGGCUGAAAAAAAUCCUGAGCACCAACGCGGAUGUCGUCAUGGAGGAGGUCAAGGAGGUGGCGACCGUGCUGCCCCCCAAGAAAGUCCUCGAGCAGGGGGAUGACGGCAAAAUGGACAUAGAUAAUAAACGAAACAAAAAAACUCUUCUAGACCAGCAUGGACAGUACCCAAUAUGGAUGAAUUCCAGGCAGAGAAAGAAGCUUAAGGCACAGCGUGUUAAAGGGAAAAAAAAAUCAAAAUUGGCCAAAGGCCUAGUCUGGUAAAAUCAGAGUUUUGUAAGAUCAUGUAUAUUUUACUUGCAAAAUAAAGAUCCCAGAUAAGUACAUGAUAUUCUAGUGCUUGGCCACCAAGUAUAACUUAUUGUGUUGCUUGAAUUUUUGAAGAGACUGUUAGACCAUCAAAUGAUGAAAGUAAUAUCAACUUGAUGUCUGCCAAACUUAAAAAAAAAUGCAAAAAGCAAGCUGAGUGCCUUUGAAUAGACUAAGUUUCUGUGAUUAUCUGUUUUCUUGAGGGGGUGGGUCUUAAUCUUAUAUAUUGUGAACACUGAAAAUGCUGAUGGAAAUCCUAAAAAUAAGAAAACUGUAACUGAGUUUUGUACUGUGGUCUUUGCCAAUGUAAGUUGUCCUUUAGUAAAUUUAACCAAAGGAUUCUGUAAAGUCACCAUAUCCUUUAAAUUCUUCUGUAAAAUUACUUUUGUUACACCAGUUUGUGUUGCUUUUAACAUAUGGUAAUUAGUGAAAAUGGCUUUUAACAUGUAACUUAAAAAGAUUAUGCACUGAAAUCCUCACCAACGUUUCAUGAAACUUCUGUAAUUAAAAAGGCAUAGUGUCGGUCUGGCUUUAAUAUGCGAAGAGAAAGCUGUUGGAACAAAGAAGUGUUUCACUGCUGUCUGCAACUGAAAUAUUGUAGGAACUAAGUAACUGAAACUAAAACCGAUUCUUUUAUUACUAAUAUGAGAGAAUGCAAAUGCACAGACUGGAAAUAAAAUAGUUUUGUUUACGACCUUUUCCAAGUUUUAGUAAAGUAAAUGAGAAUUUUCUUUUCCAUAUGUAUUUUCUGUAGCCUUUUAUUCCUCUUAAAAUGGUACUCAUGAUCGUGCUUUACAAUGUGGGCAUAGGAUAAAAUAUUGCAUGAUUGCGUAACAGAUGCCAUUUAUAUGUGAUUUGCUACAGUUGGUUGCAUAUUACUUGGCAGUAACAUGUGAUGACAGAUGCAAGAAUUAGUUCCCCGGAAAGCUUGUGUUUUUAAAAUGUCUCUGAUUUCAAGGAUGGAAAUAAUUACAGUACUAGUCCUGCAGUGUGUUGCAUGUCAAAGUACCAUUCAUUGAUUUGGAGCAUAACCUUUGCCCAGCUUUAUCCAGGAUGGGAUCCACAUUCUGUAGUUUCCCACAAGUGAUACGGGUCAGUUGUGAUAACUUAGACAUAGGAGAUAGGAUUUAUUCUUUUGAAAGUAAUUACACUGACUUAUACUGUGGUAAAAUCCACUAAGAAGAAAUCAACCUGAUAGAAAAUUUAGUUUUUCUGGUAAAAUACAGUAGACGUUUUAUUAUUGUUACAAGGAGAAGUAUUCUGUUGCUCAAAUAAAGAACUACAAAGGUGUUGGAGGAAA